GUGUGUGUGUGUGUGUGUGUGUGUGUGUGUGUGGUUUCUCUCUCCCCUGUACAGACACAGCCCUCUGCCUGCUUCUGCUGUGGCAGCUCUCCCUGGCUUUCUGCUGCCUCUUUCCUCUCCUUUCUCUUCCAGCUUAGCUCCUUGCCUUCUGACACCACUUCCAUAAUGGAAACCAGUCACUCUGAACAGCUCUCAGCAGAACAAUCAACAGUCCCAGGGGACAGUUCACCACCAGCCAAUCAAAAUGUCCUGGGGAAACAACAUGGUGAGGAUUCCUCAACCUCACUCCGAACAUCAGAGCAAGAGGCAAGCGUGCACCCUGAAAAGGGAGCUCAUGAUAUCUCUGAAGAGUUGAAUCGACAGCUGGAAGACAUCAUAAGUACAUAUGGAUCUGCUGCCAGCACAGCAGAGAGAGAGGACACUGCCAAGGUCAAGGAGCAGCCUGAAACUGCAGAAGCACCUGACAAUGAGGAUGGAGACUGUGAAGAAAUCACUGAAGAGGCUGAAAAAGAAUCCAUUGCUUCUGGAGAGCCAUCCACAGUCAAAGAGCCUGUCAGCAAUAAAGAGCAAAAGAAAAUCCUAAAAGGAUUAGGCAAAGAAGCCAACUUGCUGAUGCAAAAUCUGAACAAACUGCAAACGCCUGAAGAAAAACUUGAUUUUUUAUUAAAGAAGUAUGCUGAAUUGUUGGAUGAACAUCGCACUGAGCAAAAGAAGUUAAAACUCCUACAAAAGAAACAGGUACAAAUCCAGAAAGAAAAGGACCAGUUACAAAGUGAACAUAGCAGAGCUAUCCUUGCCCGAAGCAAGCUGGAGAGUCUGUGCCGGGAGCUGCAGAGACACAACAAGACACUGAAGGAAGAAACACUGCAGCGGGCACGUGAGGAAGAAGAGAAAAGGAAGGAGAUCACGAGUCAUUUCCAGACUACCCUGACAGAUAUCCAGGCUCAGAUAGAGCAGCAGAGUGAGCGAAAUAUGAAGCUCUGUCAGGAGAACACAGAGCUCGCAGAAAAACUGAAAAGCAUCAUCGACCAGUAUGAGCUCAGAGAGGAGCAUCUGGACAAAAUAUUUAAACACAGAGAACUGCAGCAGAAGCUGGUGGAUGCAAAACUUGAGCAGGCACAAGAAAUGAUGAAGGAAGCAGAGGAGCAACACAAUCGAGAAAAGGAAUAUUUGCUGAACCAGGCAGCAGAAUGGAAGCUUCAGGCUAAAGUGCUGAAGGAACAAGAGACUGUGCUGCAGGCUCAGCUUACUCUCUACUCAGGAAGGUUUGAAGAGUUCCAGAACACACUGACAAAAAGCAAUGAAGUAUUCGCCACUUUCAAACAGGAAAUGGAUAAAACAACUAAGAAAAUGAAGAGGCUGGAAAAGGACACAGCCACGUGGAAAGCCCGGUUUGAGAACUGUAACAAAGCUCUAUUGGAUAUGAUUGAAGAGAAAGCACUGAGAGCUAAAGAAUAUGAGUGCUACGUGAUGAAAAUUGGGAGGCUAGAGAAGCUCUGUCGUGCAUUACAAGAGGAGAGAACCGAACUCUACAAAAAAAUCAGAGAAGCAAAAACUCCUGAAAAGGACAACCAAAGUCAGCAUGGCUCGGAUGAAGAGUCAGAGUCAAACAUCUCUGAGGAUAAAGAGGUGGAUGCAGAGGAGGUUAGCAGGGUUGAGGACGCUGUGAGAAACCUGGCCACGGCCUUCAUGGUAAUUCACCAUCCAGAGUCCACCCUCAACCAGUCCCAAGAAAUACAACCAGAACUGGGCUAUCCUCAGGGUGAGCAUGACCCUGACCUACAGGAACCCCAACAACCCCCUCAGAUCCCUUCCCAGGCUUCAGAGAGUCCCCUGCCUCUCCCAGCUCCUCAGGCUGAGGCUGGAGGGAGCCAUGUGGCCGCACCUUCCCCUGAAGCCAGUAAUCUCCCCAUAGGGUCAGGAGCUGAGCUCCAGGGCCAGGGUCUGCCCACUGGGACACAAGCUUCCAGCCAUACCCUACACUCCCCAGGCCAGGCCUCCUUAGUCCAGGUGGAGGCAAAUGGUCCCCCUCCACCACCCCCAGCAAGUGAGCAAGUUGCAGUGGGGGAGGCUGGAUGUGAGCUUAGGGAACAGCCUCCAUCCACAGCCUCAGAGGAGCUGCCCCCGGGGCCCUCUCCCAGGCCCCAGCUGCCCAAAGUGGCUGACACCAAUCUGGAAGGAGUGGACUAAGCAGCAUCAUGCCUUUGGCCGCUGCUCUCCUGACUUUGCAUCUUUAUCAUAGCAGACUAUCUCUGAAAGAGAUGUCAAAUGCAAGAGUUAUGAUGAAGACUUUUUAAACGUUAUACAGAGCACAUUCAGCCUUUGUUCUUCAUUCUCAAUUUAUAACUGAGGUGGCGCUUUUCUGUUUACCACUGAGUGAUAGUAUAAUUUUCCCAACUGGUAGCAAAAGAUACCAAUAGCAAAUUUAUAUUGCUUUUCCAUUAAGAUGGUACUUGAUUCAAUUUAACCAGCAGUAACUACAUUUGGUGUUG